CCAUCAUAUCCUGGUAAGGGAAGAAGAUCGGCCAAAGACGGUCUUUGUACUAUUUCAGGGCACGUGGCAGUGGGUUCGGUGUCCGAUGGGGACUUGCAAUGGGCCUGCCACGUUUCAGCGAGCGAUGAACAUGACGUUCCAGAAUUUCGUCAACAAGACACGGCUGACGCAAGAGAUGAUCAACUUUUGUGUGAUCGUGUACACGGACGAUAUCCUGGUCUACUCGGAAACCUAUCAGGGGUAUGCGCAGCAUAUCGAAUGGACAUUGGGCGCGUUGCGAGACGCUGGGUUCAAGAUUGCGCUCGAGAAUAACGAAUUUUUCCUCUCGGAAAUUUCGUUCUUGGGCUACGUCGUGACAAGUGGAGGAUUGCAGCCGGACUCGAGAAAAGUUGCGGCGGUGAAGGAAGCCCCGAUUCCCACGUCACUGACACAGGUUCGAGCCUUCUUGGGGCUGGCGUCGUACUACCGGCGCUUCAUCAAGGGUUUUGCCGCGAUUGCACGACCACUAACGAAUCUGCCAAGAAAGGACCAGCCUCUCAGCUGGGACGCGGAGUGCCAGCAGGCCUUUGCAACCCUCAAAGACGCUCUGGCGACGGCCUCUAUUUUGAUUCGGGAGAACCCCUCAAAGCAGUACAUUCUCAUCACAGACUGGCAACCGGAAGCUAUUUCCGCUAUUCUAGCGCAGAAGGGGAACGAUGGUCGCGAACACGUCAUCGAGUACGCGUCACGCACAGUGCCAGAUGAACGCCGAAACGACUCUGCACCUCAAGGCGAGUGUUAUGCGGUAGUCUGUGGAAUCCAACACUUCCAUCCGUAUCUCUACGGACAAAAGUUUCGCCUCGUGGCAGAUCACGAUCCUCUGCUAGCAUUGAAAAAGCUCACCGACUACACGGGCAUGAUUGGCCGUUGGGCGGUGCGACUGCAAGAGUACGACUUCGAUAUCGUCCAUCGAAAGAUAGAGCGACACGGCAACGCGGACGGAUUGACACGUCUGCAUCGACCUGCCAAGGUACCAAAGGGCAAGGAAAUUACACCGUGGAAAGAGCCGAACUUGACCAACGAGCCGACAUACGGACGAGUGGCGGUUCUUCCACGUGGCAAGAAGCAAAACGGUGGUGAUGGGUGAUGGAGGUAACCCCACUACCCCUCUCUCUCCCCCUUCCUCUUCGUCUCUCCUCUCCCUGCCUGACAAAUUUUGCUAUUUUUGCGAAGCUAUCUCCCGCGUAUAUUCGGUC